GAAACUCUCUCUCUUAAGGCCUCUCCUUGUGAAUUCCAAAGUCAACUUCGUUGCAAAAACCAGAAAAAAAUGGGGAUGUCUUUGGGAAAGCCAUUUUCCGGGUUUUACCAAGAAAUCGAACCGAGAAUAGUAUUGUUUGGUCUUGACGCUACCGGAAAAUCAUCAAUAAUGCACAAACUCAAGACAGGACAAGUCCUUACCAUAAACAUGCCAACCAUUGGUUUCGAUGUGGAAAGCAUAAAAUACAAGGAUUCAACCUUAAGCUUUUGGGAAAUGGGCGGCCAACAGCGUUACAAGUUGUUUCCACUAUGGAAACAUUUCAUACAAGAAAUAGCAGGGCUUGUGUUUGUAGUCGAUAGCACGGAUAGAGAUCGAAUAGAAGAGGCCAAAGAUUUUCUUAACAUGGUGAUUGAUGAGAUACACGGGAGUGUCCCGGACAAUGUGGCUGUUCUUGUAUAUGGAAACAAGCAUCAAGUUCCUGGUGCUAUGUCUGCUUCUGAGAUCAGUAACAAGCUUGAUCUCACUUCUCUUCGUAAUAAAAAUUGGCAGAGAAACUGGCAUGUCCAGAGCUCAUGUGCAUUCUGUGGUGAUGGUUUACAUGAAGGACUCGACUGGCUGUUGAAAAAUGCUGAAAGAAUUUAAGAAUGUGUCCUGAUCAUGUUUAUUGAAAAUCCAUUUAAUAAUUUGGAAUGUAAAAA